GCGGCCUCCAUGAAAAACAUUUGCAAAUUUGGAGAGGUCCUUCCAAAAAAUAUUAAAACCCAUGAAAUACCUGAGGAACGUAGUGGACAUCGUUUGGUUGUAGAUGAGGCUAAUCUAUAUGCAUUAGGCGGUUAUAAUCCUGAAUUCUGGGAAAUACAAAAUGAUGAAGAUUCCAAUUAUCCUUUAUUUCAUGAGCUCUGGAAAUUUAAUUUUGCAACAAGAAAAUGGAAAAGACUGAAAACUCAGGGACGCAUGCCUUUUGAAUUGGCUUCUCACACUAUUGUAAAAGACAGAAGCAAUAUAUUAUUAUUUGGUGGUACAGGGAUUCCGUUUGGUGAUGCCAGUAGUAAUGAACUCAAUGUCUGUGAUUUAAAAACUUUAAAAUGGAAAUAUUACCCAUGUACCGGAGAAUUACCAGAAGCAAAAUAUGGUCAUACAAUGACGUUGGUUGGAGAUUAUGUUUAUGUUAUUGGUGGUACAACAGGUUUAAUAUAUAACAUGGAUGUACAUCAGUUAAAUCUUAAUGAUUUAAGAUGGGAACAACUUUCAGGUCAAGAUAAUACUAAAUGGCAGCCAGACUCAAGAUAUCGACAUGAAGUUAUUAGUAAAGGUAAUGAUUUGUAUCUAAUUGGAGGUGGAACAGCUCUUGAAGUCUUUGGUUUCAAAGAGAUACCUGUUUUUAAUAUUCAAACUUUAAAAUGGAAAGAAUUCAAAGGAAAACCAGAUUCAAUAAAUGGUUACCCAUCUGCCAGAAGAUGUCACAGUUGCGUAUAUUUUGAUAAUGAAAUCUAUAUAUGUGGAGGAUUAGGACAACGAAGGAUAGCUGACGAUAUUUGGAAAUUAAAUCUAACAACAUUGCAGUGGAAAAAACUACCAUGUCUUCUGCCUAGCCCUGUAUAUUUUCAUUCAGCUGAUGUUACUCAGAAUGGUUGUAUGUAUGUAUUUGGGGGCGUAGUACAUAUUGAAGACAAAAGAUCAAAUAAAAUCUACAGAAUCUGGUUAAAGUUACCUCCAUUAGCAGAGUUGUGUUGGAACAUUUUAUGUGAUGAAGUGAAAGACUGGACAGUGUGGACUAAACAUCAUCUUUUGGAAUUAGGAAUACCGUCACAUUACAUAGACAGAAUAGAUAAUUUAUAGCAUAGGACAAACAAGCUAUCAGUGUCUUUACGUACCAAAGUGUAGCCUUACCUGGCCCAAGUAGAAGAGGGUGUGGCCGGUACAUCGCUCCGGUUCCCACGCAACCCUAUAAAUAUCUAUCAGUGUUUAUUUCAAGUUGGCAUGGUCAACAUUUUUGCCGGUUCCCACGCAACCGUAUAAAUAUCUGUGUUUAAUUCAAGUUAGCAUGGUCAACAUUUUUGCCGCAGAGCCCCUGAUCCGAUCCCAGAUGCCCAUCUCUGACUAUGUGGAGCAGAGUUGGAAACCCUAUUUUUGGCAUAGUUGAACAGUAUUUUUUAUCACCUACAUUACUUCUUAUGUUGAACCUUAAAUGUGGUGAUUGGUGAUUAAAAUUUGUCUUGCUCCUCCACAUUAAAAUUCUUGUGACCACGGUUCUAAUCAUGUAUGGUUAAACUAUAUCCUUUUCCAAUUUGAAAGAGGUGUAUCUUCAGUAAUUCAGUCAGAGUUUUACAGGGAAUUGUCUAUAACAAUUAAAGGAAAUUGUCUAUAAAUAGUUAUAUCAUUCAUGACUUGGGGUAUAUUUGCUCUCUUUCCACCACUAGUGUGUUCACUAUCUUUGGUUAGGAUGGAGUUAUUUAUGCUUUAUUACUGGGUUGUCAAGGCAAAACACUAGAUCAAGGAUUCUUUUUUAAAAACUGGCAUAGCUUAGUCAUACUGUAAGAAUAUUUGUAUAGCCUUGCCUUGUCAAUUUUGUUCUGAACAUGCAUAAUUUAAUUCUAAUUGUAUUAACAAUAUCUGUGAUAUAAAUUUAUUGCCCUAGUCUUGAAAAUGUUGUACAAUUUCAUAACCUGUGUUUCUUCAUUAGUGUUGCAAUAUUUUAUAUGUGGUGUUAUUGUCCAUGCCCCUGAACUUGAAUGUAUAAUAUUGCCUCACAGUUAUUAAGAUGUCUGGCAAUAUUAUGUUUUCAGUUGUUAAAAGGUGACCAAUAUGUUGCUUAAUAUUUAUUCCCUAUUGAUGUUGAAAACAGUUACAGUGAGGUAUAAAAAUUGGAAAUAGUCUUAAGUGCGCAAAUUAAAUGUCAAAAAGUAAAGAAAUGACCCAAAUAUAUGCAUUAUCUGCCACAUAGUGGAGCUUGAUCUCCACCUUGAAAUAAUACAAACAUGACUUAAUGGAUAACAAUCACAAGCAACUUCAAUAGAGCAGUGUUUCAACAAGUAUGGCAUGUUUAUAUGAUUUGUGCUUGACAAUAUCUGUGACAGGUGCCUUAUGUCCCAGUUUGCUCUUGGUGUUAUCAAGCACAAGGUAAUAUGAUCUCCAUUUGUUACUUGCACUUCAAUGUUUAUUUCAACCAGGACCUGAGGAUUUCUUUAAUAUAUGCUCAUAUAUUCUAUCUAUAAAAUGUCCAUUUUUUGAUUUUAUGUUAUGGUUUGCUUGUUCUGUUAGACAUAUUAAAAGACAGUAUUGUAAUUAUGUACCAGUACAUGUUUAAAUGAACUGUUUAUUAUAAAAUAAACGAUAUUAAACCAUUA